CAGCUCUAGACGGGAGCGUUAAUUUCGCAAAACCUUAUUAGUUUAAACAAACAGAGAGCGCUUUUCGGAAAAUCGCCGCUUUUAAAACGAAAAAUAUAUUCAUAUAUUGAAAUGCUCCGCAAUUUGCGUACAACGGGAUAAAAACCAAUGAAAUUGCGUAAAUAAUUGGAAAUAAUGUGAAAAAAAUAAAGAAAGAGUAAUAACUAUUGCUAAUAUGUACCCCCGCUUAUCCAUUAAUUUUUCAUCCAUGUCCACCGACACAAACAAACAAACAAACCGCAACAACAAAACAUCAAAGGAGUGACCAUGAAAAUGCCAGCGAGAAAUUCGCGAAAAUCAAUGAAUAAAAGCCAAAAUGCAACAACAUCGAGCAGCGGAUCGUAAUAAUAACUAAUACUACUGUUAGCCAAGUGAAAUUCGAGGCUGAAUUCGUUAUGCUGCAGUGCCCAGCGUUGGAUUAAAAAUAAAAUCGGGUGGAGAUCCAGUGUUUAACCCUCGUGUUCGUCGCUCCACUUAACCCCCUGUUGCCAAAAUGGAUGGGCAACGUGCCAGGGAUCUGCUGACCCUCUUGCAGGAGCGGGUCGUUUUCUUAACCGGCGGACGGGAUCGAAGGGGCGGACCGCUCCUCUGCUUCCCUGCCACGCCCCGUCGGGAUCGACUGAAGCCGGAGGAUCUGCGGCGACUCCUUAGCUACCUGAUCAGCAUUCCCAGCGACGCCGCCAAGAACCUCGGAUUCACAGUCAUCAUCGAUAUGCGCGGCAAUGGCAACUGUUCGACCAACGUGAAGACAAUAUUGAAGGUGCUGCAGGAACACUUCAGCGCGAAUAUACACAACGUGGUGAUCAUCAAGCCGGACAAUUUCUGGCAGAAGCAGCGUGCCUCGAUCUCCUCGCACAAGUACAAGUUCGAGACGACGACGGUGUCGAUAGAGUCCCUCAAUAAGAUCGCGGAAAGUCACCAACUGACGGGGGACUUCGAGGGCCAACAGUUGUACGAUCAUCAGCAGUGGACGGACGCCCGGCUUGCCAUCGAGGACUUCUUCUGGCAGGCCGGUGAUAUGGCCGAUAGGAUUGACGAUCUGCAGGAGGACCUCAAUCGCAACGACUUUGCCGAGGACGCCACGCUCGCCAACCACGCCAUCGACCACCACUCUGAAAUGCGCAUUAAGAUCACUAUGCUGCCCAUCCAGGACCUCGACAAACAGGGCAAGAAACUCUUGGCCAAGAUUAAUGCGAUGGCCCCGCCAGGCGGUCAGCAAUCUGCCGGACCCGGAGGUUCAGAUAUGGACUCGGGCACUUCCUCCGCCGGCCAGCAAUCUCAGCCCUCGCAGCAAUCUCGUUCGGUGAGCAGCAAUCCGGACAUGUCGGCUGCGGUGAACAAAGCCUUGCGGCAGAUUGACCUCAUUCACACCGGUCAGGAGAAGCUGCUGAUGCUGUGGCAGCACAAAAAGGUGAAACUAGACCAGUGCUACCAGUGGCGCCUAUUCGAACAGGACUGCGAGAAGAUGUUCGACUGGAUCCUGCACAACCGCGAUGUGUUCCAGAUGAGCUACGUGGAGAUUGGACACAAUUACUCCGUGGCCAAAUCUCUGCAGGAUGAGCACCAAAAGUUUGCCGUGGCCUCCAUGAAUGUAUCUGUGAAUAUCGAUCGGAUUUUGGCAGUGGCAGCUCGACUGAUCGAAAAUCAGCACUAUGCAGCCCAGCAUAUUAAAACGCUAGCUCAACGUUUGGACCGAACUUGGAAGGACUUUGCAGCGGGCUUGGAUGAGAGAACUGCUGUCCUGCAAUUGAGUGUUCUAUUUCAUCACAAGGCGGAGCAAUAUUGCAACAGUGUGGCCAGUUGGGCAGCCGCUUGUCAGGCAUCGCAACCUCUUCCCUCGGAUAUCCAGAGCUUGGAAACGGCCAUCCGGACACACCAAUCACUGUACGAAGCCAUGUGCCAGGCUUAUACGGAAGUUCACUCCACCAGCAAGAAGCUGCUGUAUCAAUUGGAUCACUUGGUACAGGUCUGCAAUCAACCUCCGCCUCCGGGCGUUCCCGAUCAUCGAAAGAAUAGCAACGGUGGUAGUUUUAACAAAUACGAGAGACAGAAUCCGGCAGCGGAUUACAGCGAAGGCGCCAGUCAUGUGUUGGCUGUGAUUCACCAGAUCCUGGGACACCAUCGCACUCUGGAAGCCAAGUGGCAUCAGGAAAGGUUGCGAUUACACCAGACCCUAGCUCUUAGACUCUUCCAAGAAGAUGUAAAGCAGGUCUUGGAUUGGUUAAAAAAUCAUGGCGAAGUUUUCCUGAGGAAAAAUACGGGUAUAGGCAGAAAUUUUCACAAAGCCAGGGUUUAUCAGACCUCGCACGAUAAUUUCGAGAACGUGGCGCAAAACACAUAUAGUAAUGCCCAAAAACUUCUGGCAGCUGCGGAGGAACUGGCUAGAAGUGGUGAAGCCGAUCCCAAUGAGAUAUAUUCAGUGGCCAGAGAGUUGGAAAUGCAAGUGGGCAGCUUUGCGGAGAGGGUCGAGCAAAGGAGGCGCCGCUUAGAGAUGGCUGUAAUUUUCUACACACACGAAAAGGACGUGACCGCCUGGAUAGAUAAGCUUAGAACAGAUGUGAGCACGGAUGAAACGCGCCUUUCUCAGGAGAACCUCGAGGGCAUUGAACGCAUAUUGCAGCAGUAUCAGCAGGAGAUCUCUGUGAAUGUUUGCCUUACUACCAUAGCCCAGGGUGAAGCUCUGCUGCAGGAAAUGCGAUCCCUGGAGUAUGCCGACAAUACUGGUUCCAUUGCCGCCUUGGAGGCCACUCUGGAGAAGUUGAGCAAACAGAAAGUGGAGCUGGAGGAGCUCUGGUCCGCCCGAAAGUUCCGCGCCGAUCUCAUCCUGCGUUUGCGCUACUUCGAGCGGGAUGCCAUGGAGUUGUCCUCGCAACUGGAGAUCUGGUCCGAAGAACUGCAGCAUGCAGAUCUCUCCAGAGAUUACAAAAAGGCCGAACAGCUCAUCCGCAUGCACAACGAAUCGGUGACGGAUAUACAGAAUGCCACCUACGAGGUCCUGCAGCAGGGUCAGGACCUGCUGCAGCUCUUCGAAAACGCUGGCUUCAUCUCCAUGGCGGAUGCCACGCACACGGCUCAGGCUAGGAUUGAAUAUCUGCUGGACUUCUUGCGGGAAAGGGAGAUCGAUCUGGAGGAAAUGUCCGAGGCGAAGCGUGCUAAGCUCGAGCAAGCGGUGCAGCUAUGUCAAUUCCAGAACGAUGCCAACCAGGUGAUUUCGUGGAUCCGCAAUGGAGAGGCCAUGCUGGUGGCCAGUUUCGUCACACCGAAUAGUUUGCAGGAGGCCGAACAGCUGCGGAAGGGUCAUGAGCAGUUCCAGAUUGCCAUUGAGAAGACACAUACAUCGGCGGUGCAGGUUAAGUACCGAGCGGAUGCCCUGAUAAAUGCCAACCACUACGAUCCGCAAUCCAUAAGGGAGAUCAGCGACGAUGUGACAAAGAAGUGGCAGCAAUUGGUGACCUACGCUGAGGAACGACACAAACUGGUAACCGCCUCGAUAAACUUCUAUAAAACAGCCGAGCAGGUGUGCUCGGUAUUGGAUAGUUUAGAGCGGGAGUACAAGCGGGAGGAUGACUGGUGUGGCGGUGGGGGCGGCAGCGACAAAGCUCAAACCAUCGUCCAACUAAUCUCAAAGCAUCAGGAGCAAAAGGAGGCUUUCUUGAAAGCAUGUACACUGGCGCGUCGCACGGCAGAGACUUUCCUGAAAUAUGCCAACCGAUCCCAGCAGUGUUAUCAGUAUAAAGGAAACUGUGAAGCUCAUGUGAAGAGCAAACUGGACAAGCUAUUGAAUCAGGAAAAUCAAGUUCUCGACUACUGGACGCUGCGCAAGAAAUCUCUGGAUCAGUGUCAGCAGUUUGUUCUCUUCGAAAGAAGUGCCAAACAGGCUAUCGAAUGGAUUCACAACACAGGAGAAGCAUACCUCUCCUCAAGGUCCAACUUGGUGGGCAUAAGCAAAGAGGAAACGGAGGGAUUGCUCAAAGAGCACAACGAAUUCCGGAGCACUGCCAAGGAGACGCGUGAAAGGGUUAAGCUACUGAUCCAAUUAGCUGAUAGUUUGGUGGAAAAAGGUCACGCUCAUGCCAGUGACAUCAAGCAAUGGGUGGCAUCGGUGGAUCAGCGGUACAAGGAUUUCAGCAACCGCAUGGACAGCUACUGCGAGCAGUUGGAGAAAUCUCUGGGCAUGUCCCAGCAGCAGUUACUUUUGGGAUCCGAUGGAAACAGUUCGAUGAGUUCCUCCUCUGGCGUCAGCAGCGGAGAUCGUCAUUCGGAUCCUACGCUGGAAGCCAAGCUAAACAGCAGCAACAAGGAGAAUAAGGAAAUUAACGAGGAGAAGCGCAAGUCGGCCAGAAGGAAAGAGUUUAUCAUGGCCGAACUUAUGCAAACAGAGAGGGCCUACGUCAAUGAUCUGGCAACCUGCAUCAAGUGUUUCCUGGAGGAAUUCAGAGGAGGAAAAAAUGUGCCCCCUGCACUCAUUGGUCAGGAAGAUGUGAUAUUUGGAAAUAUCAAGGAAAUACACCACUUCCAUCAGAAGAUUUUCCUGCGAGAGCUAGAGAAAUAUGAAACAAUGCCGGAGGAUGUGGGACAUUGCUUUGUGACCUGGGCCUCCAAGUUCGACAUGUAUGUGCAUUACUGCAAGAACAAACCAACAUCGAAUAAUCUGCUAGUUCAGCACGGUGGCAGCUUCUUUGAGGAGCUGCAGCGGCGUUUGGAGGUGGAUCAUCCCCUGCCCGCCUAUCUCAUCAAACCCGUGCAGAGGAUCACCAAAUACCAGCUGUUACUUAAGGAUCUUCUAUCCUGCUGCGAGGAGAGCCAUGGCGAAAUCAAAGAAGGUCUCGAAGUUAUGCUUAAUGUUCCCAAGAAAGCCAACGAUGCCAUGCAUCUUUCUCUGCUGGAAAACUGUGAUGUCUCUAUAGACAAACUAGGUGAAGUUGUGCUUCAGGAUGCCUUCCAAGCCUGGGAUACGAAGCAAAUCAUCCGGAAGGGCAGAGAGCGACGUGUGUUCCUGUUUGAAAUGUAUCUCCUGUUUGCCAAGGAGGUCAAGGAUUAUAGCGUAGUCAAGUACCAGUUUAAGAGCAAGCUUAUGACCACGGAUAUGGGCAUCACGGAGCACAUUGAAGGCGAUGAGACCAAGUUUGCCGUGUGGACUGGUCGUUCACCCAUGCUGUCGGAUUGCAGGAUCGUUUUAAAAGCAACCAGCUUGGAAACCAAACAGAUCUGGGUGAAGAAACUACGCGAAGUGAUGCAGGAGACGUGCUUCUCGGGCACCUCAUUAACCCUGCCCAAGUCUCCAGCUAAACAUUCUGGCUCCUCGCAAAGAUCCUCUCGGGAUUUGGAUGAACAGCUCACGGAGAACGAUCACGAUCGCUGCUCUUUGGCUAGUUUCGGAUCGGGUAAUACCACAGACAGUGAUAAUAAGCUGGGCAACCAGGAGGCCACCUGGGUGGUGGCGGACUACAUCGCCAGCUCGGGCACCAAUGAGCUGAGCGUGAGCAAGGGCCAGCAGGUGGAGAUUAUCGAGCCGCCCACCGCCGGCGAGCCGGACUUCUGCCUGGUGCGCCUGAAUCCACAGCACGACGAUGCCGCCGUGCAGGAAGGACUCGUCCCUGUCUCAGUGCUCAAACCGCCGCCGGGUGCACACAAACACGGUUCCGGAUCCGGAGCGAAUGCAGCCGGAGCAGCGGGCUCACAGAAAUCCGACAUGCAGGAUCAGGUCUAUUUUAAUCCGUAUUUUGUAGGCAACCGCAGCAAGGCAGAUGCCCUUUCUUCGUCCACCAAACGUCGAGGUUUUACUGGGCGCAACUGGCUGCCACUGAUCAAUCGCAAAGGAGGUGACAAGCCGCCAAAUAGCAAACCGCUGGUGAAGAAGCCCUCGGAGAAAAACCUGAGAACACCCCAGAAGCACGCCGAGGAGAUGGCCGAUCAGCAGAAUCAGCAGCCAGGUGGCAGUCCCGCCACCGUGGUACCAUCGUCGCAAUUCCCCAGCUCCACUCAAAAUCCCGGAGCAGCCGGGGACUAUGAGCCGGAUGAGGAGGCCGGACUGGAGUUGCCGCCGCCCAUGAAGCCCAUCCAGGAGCCGCACCUGAUUACCAACGGACCGCCCGCAUUUACCAAGGACGCCAAGGAGAGCUCGGCCAAUUUGGCCAACACCGGCAAGAUGGACAACAAUCCACUAUCGGAAAUUGAAGAAAUUGUCAAGACGACAACGGAACAACACGAGUCCAACAGUCGCGUGGAUGGAAGCGGAGGAGCGGAAAAUGCCAGCACCAAUGGCCACUCGGACAAAGCUGGUGCUCUCAGGAAGCGCCAAUGCGUCUUUGCGGAGCUGGUGUCCACGGAGGAGGCGUAUGUAAAGGAUCUCCAUCAGAUUGUCGAGGGUUACAUGACAGAGAUCAAUAACGCGAACAGUGAUAUACCCAUGCCUGAAGAUUUAAAGGGUGGUAAAAUGAAGUUGGUCUUUAACAAUAUCAAGGACAUCUACGAGUGGCACAGGGACUACUUCCUAAGGGCCCUGCGCACAUGCCAAAAAUCACCAGCGGAUCUGGGUCCACUCAUUGCGCGCUCAUCCACCAAGUUCGCCCUGUACUACACCUAUUGCAGUAAUAAGCCGCUGUCAGAAUAUAUAGUCGGCGCUCACUAUCAGUAUUUCGACUGCAUACGAAAGAAGCUGGGAGAUCGCCUGGACCUGAGCAACCUGAUCAUCAAGCCGGUUCAGCGCAUCACCAAAUACGAGCUGUUGAUCAAAGAGCUCAUCAGGGCCACCGAGGGAGCCGGCCUUUAUAAGGAGGUGCCCAUGCUGCAGGAGGCCUACCAGCAGAUGAAGGUGGUGGUCAAGACGGUGAAUGAUAUGAUGGUGGUGCUGCGCAGCCUGCAGGACUUUGAUGGGGAGAUCACCGCACAAGGCAGCCUGCUGAUGCAGGGACCCAUGAACUGCCUGGUGGAUGCUUCGCAGAAGCAUCGCGAGUUCCAGGUGUUCCUCUUCCAGCAGAUCAUCAUCUUUGCCGAUAUUGAGAAAGCCAAGAAUCAGUUCUCCAGCCCCACAUUUAAAUACCGAUCGCACAUACAGCUCAAUCACAUGCAAAUGAAGGAACUGGGCGACUGCCGCUUUCAAAUCAAGUCGACAGACCCCAAGAUCCCAGAGAUGACGAUCAUCUGCCAGGCGGCGUCGCCGGAGAACUACGCGGGAUGGCGUGACAUGCUGAACAAGAUCCUGCAACAACAGAACGACCUUAUCUUUAUGCUCUCCAAUCCCCUGUCAACCAAAAACAAGUGAACGUCUUCUGAGAAAGAAUUCCAAAAUUAACGUGUAAGAAGGCUUGAAAGCAAGCUAGAGCAACAAACGAAAGUGUGAGAAAAUGAUAUUGUAACGUGUUUUGGGCAAAGGGUUUUCCGCCACCCAAGUGAGCAAUAGCCUCGCACUUAUUUUUCCUUCUGUGCGUCUGUUCUCUGAUCGUUUUGCUCACACCCAGAACACACGCAUACUCAAUCCUAAUUUGUAUGUAACUUGUAAUUGUAAUUAAUUUAUUUGUCAUCGCCUGCGUCACCGUUCAGUCAACUUUUAGUUUCUUGUUCGAUCCGCAUUUCUGUUCUAUAUUAUUCUGUUUUCGUUUCCGGAUUUGUGUAUAUGAAACGCAAAGUAUUAUAUGCUCAAGAUUACCUUUGACAUUUUUAACUUAAUUAGACUCCUUUGCUGUUAGUUUUACUUUUCCACAUCUGAUUUCUAAACCAGAACUACUCAGAAUCAAAAGCAAUUUACAUUUUCGUUUCGUAUUUGUAUUCGCAUUGAACGCAGAGUAAGAGUAUAACUAUUCUAGCUUUAGUUUGAUACCUAGUUUUAUUUUAACUGCUAAUUAUAGUUUAAACGUAUAGUAACUUAAUUUGCUUUGGAUAACUAAAGCAGAGAUUCGUGUAAUGGCACUUAUCUGAGUGCAGCAACUUCGUGAAAUAAUUUAAGAUUAAGUUUAGUUUUCAAAUGCAAUGCAAAGCGUAUUUGUACUUUAUGUUUUACAAAUAAAAUAUGUAAGCUUUAACGUAAUCAAAACCAGAAAAAAUAAGUUUUUAAUUAUUAUAAUUUAAGAUUAUGCCCAAAAUAAAAAAAAAACCUACUCAGUUGUAAUUUAAUUUUGGUUUUAGCAUCCCUUGCCCAAUUUUUGGUUAUUCUUUUGACAAAAAAGGACACAACACUUACAGAGAUAGCAGUCAUCAAAAAUGGAACCCUUAUACCUUAAACAUAGCACUUAAGCGAAACCAAACUGUAUACCCAAUCCAGUUUUUUAAAGCAUAUUUCUCUUUGGCAUCUGUGCGUUUAUGUUAGUUGGUAAACAGGAGGCAGUAAGGAUAAUGUACAGUGUAGGAUACGAGAAUAAGUCAGAGUCAUUCAAGAUAAAAGUGUCUCGCAAGCAAAAUACUCAACCAGGACCAGGAUUUGAUUAAACGAAUAUAUGUAUGAAACACGAGACAAAGUUACUAAGCGGUUGUUCACACGAUACUUUCGAAUCGAUUUUGUCUCUGAAAGCACCCACACAAACACACGGAUUCACCGGCUACAGUCUGGAACAUGAAUAUGAAUGCAAUUUGAAUAUAUCAAUGCGAGAAUAACAAUAAUGAUUUAGCAUAGCUAAAUGUAGGAAGCGAACAUGAAAUGUAUUUUUUUACAAAAAUUGUGAAACGAACCUCCGGCAUAAUUCGUAAUUAAAUGUUAAAGUCGCGACGACGGAUCGGAUCGUAGGAUCGUGGAUCGAUGGAUCGAUAGAUCAGAUGACAAGCAAACGCACAGUGAGAGGAACUCAAAUGGCCACAACAUUUUCUACAUUUUUGCACUAUACUCGUAGAGCUACUCAACUCACCGCCGAUCGAUCGCAACAUGUAACAUACUGAAUUCUUUUCGAUUACCGAUUAACUAAUUGUUGUACUUAAACCCCCAGUCGAAAUUCUAGAUAAUUGUGGUAAUUGACAUGUGUGUUUUAGUUUAUCUAAUUACUCUUAACUAAAUAUAAUUAUUACUUACAUAUACGACAUUAUGUACGCCAGUGCAAUGCGAACAGCAUGAAGUAAACGUGUUAAUCUGUGUUUUAGCGAAGUAAGCACCAGCUGGCCGGGCCUUCGUGGCUUUUCCCUCGGGAAAACGUUUGGAAAAUGCCAGUCGAGUUCAACAGUUGACCCCGGCUUAGGCUAAAAAUAUAAAUAUAUCCAGAAACUAAAAUGCAAAUUGUAUGUAACCAACAAAGCAUGUAAUCUGAAAUUUUCAAAGUGAAUAAUAAUAAAGCAAAAGUAGCUGAAUAAACUUAACAUACUCAA